GCUCCUUUUCAAGUAUCUGGCUUUCCAUCCCUCUCUCCCUAUAUAUAAAAGAGCCCCUCCAUUUGAUUUUCUAUAUCAAGCACACAUCCUUCUCGGAUCAAUUGUAUUCUCUAGUACACAAAGUUUGCAAUUCCUUUUUCUCUAAUUUCAAGAGCAAAUCAGUCUAAUUGGGAAGAGUUACACGAAGAAGAUGAGUUCAACAAGCAGAGCUAUUGUAGCAGCCAGCGUAGGAGUCGUGGAGGCCAUGAAAGACCAGAUGGGCAUCUGCAGAUGGAAUUAUAUUAUAAGAUCUGCGCAGCAAAAUACAAAGAACCAUCUCCGGUCGUUAUCUCAGGCAAAGAACCUCUCCUCUUCAACUUCUGCUGUGGUUUCAAGCAAAGUAAGAGAUCAUCAGGAGAAAAUGAAGAAGUCAGAAGAGUCUUUGAGGACAGUCAUGUAUUUGAGCUGUUGGGGUCCCAAUUGAGGCUUCGAGGUCUGCUGAAGAAAGCGAGCCACUGAGUAGUUCUCGGAGAACGUCGUUGCCUGAAGGGAAAUGUCAGUCCGAGCUUGUAAUAGCGGAAAUUUUAGACUUUUUUUUUUUGUU